CUUCAACCUCCUGCAUUUGAGCCCAUUCCCCUUGUAAUUUAUCAGUCGCCCAUGACUACCUGCAACAUUCCCGCUGAACUUUCUCGGACUCUGCCAGCCCCUACCGCCGGCAAGCCAGCCGCUACGGGCGCCAAGCGCAAGCUCGAUAGCUCCAUUUCAUCGCCAGCUAGCAAGUUCUCGCCGCCAAAGAAGGCACGCUCCUCCAGCAACACAGUCUGCAUUGGCACUAAGCGGUCGCGCUCGGAUUCUGCGGCAAAUACCGAUGCCGAUGACAGUGUGCCACCGGCAAAGAAGACUAGCUGCAUAUGCUUUAGUGGAUGUGCCCGGCCUCCUCCAGGAUACAAGAGGAAGGUAAUGGCACACUCCUCGUAUUACUCUUCCGACACAGCGGUCCCACCGGCAAAGAACGCAGGCUCUAGUGCGGGUAUUGAGUCGGACGAGCAAACGAUUUGGUGGGACAACAAAUACGAAGAGCUGGCCGAAGCCGACUACUGGGUCAAGGAGCGACUUAUCCGUGACGCCGACGCAGUGUUCGACAUUGUAGAGCCGAGAAUCACUACGACACGCAGGCUGGCCAGGCUGGUCUCGGCUCAGGUCGCACUGGAGCUGGAGGACCGGCUCAACACAGUCGACAACAGUGCAGCGAGCAGCGUCGACGAUAUCCAGGAUGCUUUCAGAGAACUUGCUUGCGAUAUAGGCACCUGUCAGCAGCAGCAACAACAAGAGCAGCAGCAGGCGCUAUUCGACAUUGCAGGAUACAGCAGAGCAAAGGACGAGAGCCGUGAGUCAACCGACAGUUCAUUCGCGAGCCUUGAGCAGUGGAUUUGCCCAACGCCGGCCACGCCUACUGAUAGCGCUAAUGGGAACAGCACACGUACGGCAGAACAGAUACUGGAGUCAGCCAUGUCGCUCAUCCUAUUUGUCUCCCGCCACACUGACACCUUCGUGCGUGCACUGGAUACAGACACCUUUGGCAGGCACCUCGAAGACUACCGCCACAUACUUCCAUGCGUCAGCUCAGAUCGCGAGUGCAGCGAUGCUGCCGAAUUUCUGGCAAGCGAGGCAGGCAUCAAGGCGCAAGGCCCACAUAGCAGCAUCGAACUCGUCAGUGGGUUCAGCUACAGCGACGCACUAGCUCUUAUCGUGGCUCGGACUGACAAGACUCGGCGCACGGUUGACAAGGCUUAUGCGCAGCUGAUGCAGAGCACACGCAACAUCUACAAGCGCCACCACUUCAGACGGUUCGCCUGGGGUCUGACCGUGUGUGACAACGAGGUGCGAGUGUGCCUGCUCUCCAAUGACGCAGUCUUCUCGUCCAUUGUCCUGGACAUCACAGCAGCAGCCGGUCGUCGGCAGUUCGUCGAGCUGCUGGUCAACUUUGCACUGUGCGAGGAGGACCAGCUCGGAAGUGACCCGUCCAUUUACUGGGAUGCUGAAGCCAACUGCUGGGCCAUUGACUGUCCCGACACAGCAGACAUGGCAUCACGCCCUGUAGCCACAAAAACGUACUACUUCGACAAGGUGCUGCUGGGAGCGGACGGCCUGUUUGGCCGGCAUACGAGGUGCUAUUUGGUGACAGACGAGGAGCCUACUGGCGGCGGAAUUACUCCCAAGUUUGUGAUAAAGGAUGCAUGGCCGGAGGCUGAGGAGGACCGUGUCGAUGACAAACGGGACGAGGUGUCGCUUCUGCACAGAAUCACCACAGAGCUGGCACAAUCGGACGUCGAGGACCUGGUCUAUCCCAGGCUCGAUGCCGGUGGCCGUGUCUACAUCGGCACAGGCAGAGGCAUGUUUGAGGACCAGUCGAGCCACAUCCUGGGCUCGCUGUUCUCGCUGCGCAAGCCGGAUGGCACUGCAAUACCGUUCCGCGCACACAAGCGGUUGGCCAUGUCCCCGAUUGGCGACUCGCUCGAUACGGUCGAAUCAGUGGAUGAGUUUAUCGUCGUUCUGGGGGAUGCCAUGCGCUGCCACUCGGAGGUGGUGAGUCGGUGCAGCAUCCUCCACCGCGACAUUUCAAGCAACAACAUCCUUGUCGUGCGCGAGGAAGGCAAACCGGCGCGCGGACUGCUUAUCGACUUUGACUGCGCACUCGAUCUGAGCGAUUCGCGAGGGCCGAACCUGGAGACGCGAGGGACAAUCCCGUUUAUGAGCAUCAACAACCUUCUCCGGUCAGACGUGGAGCGAUCAGUGCUGGACGACUGGGAGUCGCUUAUCUACCUAAUCUGCUGGCACGGCACCAUCGGAAUCUGCAGAGAGAAAGCUACUAGGCGAUCACUGGAAGAGCUUGAGGACCUGGAAGUCGGACGCUGGAGAAGUGGGGCGGCUAAAGAAGCAGGGAGAGAAAAAAAGUUCCAUCUAAGCAACUUUAAUGGCUUUGAUGUCGAUAUCCUGGACCACUUUCAUUCUGACGAAAAUAUCAGAAUCCUUAAAGACCUAACUGAAGACCUUUACAAGGCUCUGUUCCAAAAUCCGAAUCUGCGAAAGGACACUCGGUGCGAUGGCAGCCGCUAUAAAGGCACCAUACCAGAUAGGAUCAAAGGAGUGAAGGAAAAGCCAGAUCCAUUCAAGGAGCGGCUAACCAAAAAGAGUGAAAUCACCGCAGCACUACUUGAGGUGAUUACAAAAGCAUGGAAGGAUUCGAUGAGCGCCAUUCGCAAUCAGCAUGGCCAGACAAUCUAACAUUUACAUAACAUACUCAUUCAAUAUUAUAUAAUUUUG